CCGCAGAGAAGUGAAGUUGAGCAUCCUGCAGUCAUUCACAAUCGGAGGACAACACCACCUGCUACCAGAUCUUCAUGUUGAGAAGACAGAAGAAUCAUAUACUGAGCUGAGUCAACUGAGCGUCAGACUGUGUGGCAGCAAGGCUGGCUGAGUGCUUCAUGAUGGGAUACUUUAGGUCAGCGUUGCACAGGACUUCCUCCACAGCACAUGACAUAUCACAGCUGAAUUCUUUGAUGCCGCCAUUUGACAUUUGAUGGCAUCAUUUUGCUUUCAAGCAAUAAAGUUUAAGCAAAACAAGUGAAAAUGAUGAAGCCAACUAAAGUGGAUAUAAUUUGAUAGAAUUCACUUACAUUAAACCCUUUAUUCAGUUAAUGAUUUGGCUUGAACUCUGUAGCCUGGCACAGGCAGACGCAUCCCACGUGUCUACCUGAGGCUGUCCUUCCAUUUUAUGGAGGCCUUGCAUAGUCGCCUGACGACUGGGGAGCAGUCCGGAGGUCAAGAACAUUGUCAACCAGAGUCACCUCACCGAGGCCCGCAGCCUAAGUCUCCCUCCCAGCCCCGUCGGCAACAGCAAACUGGCUCACCGAAGCCCCAUGGCACACAACAGCAACCCAAACAGUCCAGAAGACAGCAUCCUGAACGUAAACGUCUCAGGCACCAGCGGCAGAGCAUUGACUCAGAUACAGCGCUCGAACAGAAACAUGAAACCGCAACCACAGUUUCGAGUUUGUCACCAGGAGCCCCACCUUCCUCAGCAGGUGGCCCCACCCAGUCUAAACCAGAAUCCCAGGAGGGCACCCCAAAACAGAAACGGGAGCGUAAGCCUCAGAGACCGGGCAAAUAUGUCUGCACUUACUGUGGCCGCGCCUGUGCAAAGCCCAGUGUCCUGCAGAAACAUAUUCGCUCCCACACAGGUGAAAGACCUUAUCCCUGCGCCCCAUGUGGCUUCUCUUUUAAGACCAAGAGUAACUUGUACAAACACCGCAAAUCACACACCCACAGGGUGAAGGCAGGUCUGGCUUUAGGAGAGCCGAGAUCUUUAGAGGAGCAAGUCACUGAGUCAGAAGAUGAAACCAGACAGCAAUCAUCAGCAUCUUCCCUUACAGAAAGACAAGGCAGUGUAGCCUUAAUCAAGAGUCACGAAACAGACAGGGCCAAAGACUGCACUGGAGGAAACGAUGACUCCUACGCAGUUAAAAAGAGACUGGCCUUGCGUCUGAGUCGAGGAAAACAUGGUCCUCGAGACUUGUCUGAUGAAAAGACCUCAUCUCUAAUUUUAGGGAGUAAAGGCAGUACAGAAUCAGGCUAUUUCUCUCGCUCUGAAAGUACAGAGCAGUCACAGGACAGCCCCCCGAACACAAGUGCCAAAAGCUAUGCAGAGAUCAUCCUCGGCAAGUAUGGGCGUCUCGGACACCUACAGAGGAUGUCUCGACACCAUAACCAGCAGCCCUCUGGUCAGGAGGACAAAAGCAUCCCAUUCACAGUCCCCAAGAAGCAGGUCAUCGACCAUAUCACCAAACUUAUCACUAUCAAUGAAGCAGUGGUGGACACCAGUAAAAUUGACAGUGUAAAGCCAAGGAGAUUCUCACUCUCCAGGAAAAAUAGUUCAGAGUCUCAAAAGAGUUCAUCUAUGAAAGAAACGCUUAUUCACAGCCCCAAAGCCGGAGAUCUGGGCUACAAAAACAGUGGCUCCAUCACCAUGGGAGUUCCAUGUGAAAAAUUUCACCAUCCAUCCUUAAAUGUGGAGCAGCCAGCUGGCCAAACAUCCACUGCCCCUUUGGUGAGAAGUCACUCAAUGCCGUCUGCAGCUAGUUCAUUUGACACUUCCAGUGGCGGCCUCAGUAAAUUUCGCUUAACUCAGUCCUUUGAUGAACGAAAGCCUUCUGAAACGCAGGCCCGUCGUUUUGGGAUGCUAAGACGGCAGCCAGCUAUUGAAAUCCCACUUGGUGCCGAACUCACAGAAGAGGAACAUGAGGGUUCCCAUUCACUUUACCCUGACAGCGUUACCACCGUGCCUGACCCCAAACAAAGCCAACCGCAGCCAUAUGAGUGUGAGGCAUGUGGUACUGGAUGCAAAGAUUGGGAAGGUUAUAAGAAACACAAGCAAAGUCUGUGCCUAGCACAUCAUCCCAGAAAUGAGGUGGUAAUUAGUCAAACAGGGUGCUCACAGCUAAUUAACCACGCAGUCAGAGCAGGAGCUUCAGCAAUGCGUAAAAGAAGGAAAGAAGAGAGUUUUGAAUUUGAUGACCCCUCUUCUCCUUCAUUACCCUCUCCUGCCCUCUUAUCAGGACAGUGUAAAGAUGAAAGCAGUGUCGUUUAUGAGGGCCCCAGAAGACCGACACUACAGACCUGUUCAGUAAUUCAACAUACUAGUUCAUUUGAAAAACAAGAAUCUUUAUGCAAUGAGAGUCAAGGCACUGAGGCGACAAAAACCUCUCCACCUCAUGAAGAAUAUCAACUAGUGCCUCAGAAACAACCCCAACAGUCGACAAAACUAACAACUCGAAAGCUGGUCCGUCAACACAGUGUGCAGGUUCCAGAAAUACUGGUCACAGAGGACUCCAACAUGAGCACGACAACCUCAAUAGAGUCAAUAUCCACCGCCAAACAUUCAGAGAAACCUGAUGAGUUUCAGUGGCCACAGAGAAGCCCUUCUCUGGCCCAACUCCCCAUUGAAAAGCUUCCUCCAAAGAAGAAGCGCUUGCGUCUAGCCGAGGUAGCCCAGUCCUCUGGGGAAUCCAGUUUUGAUUCUGUAUCCCUGCCCCGCAGCCCUAGUCAGGACAGUAGCGCAUCUUACGCAUCCAGUCGCUCCACAUCCUUUGAAGAGUCCAACAGACCAGACAUGGAGAUAGCAGGAUCAACACCACUGAGGAGAUCAAGAGCUCCUCACAUGUUGACGGUGCCUGGGGUGCAUCAGCACAGAGAGAUGAGGCGCUCAGCAUCUGAACAGGCGCCUCAUGACCCACAACCAAGCGUCCUAUUGGCUGAGACCCGCAGUAAGUCUUUUGACUACAGUUGCCUGUCCCCAGAGCGCACUGCAGUUGGCUGGAGGGAAAGAAGAAAAUGUCUCCUUAUGAGACACACCGCUAUAAAAGAUCCAGAUGAAGAGGAAGAGGAGCGACAGUGUACCAUACCGAGACGUAGUCCCGAACAUGUCAGCUCCACCACAUCUUCUCAAGCAAGCCCGACUUCUGUGUACUGCAGCAGGUCCCCUGCUUCUCCUUCAUCAGGUGACAUGGUCUUGCGUAAUCCAGUGAGAUUACAGUGCAAAGAGAUCUUUUCUCAGUGGAAACUCAGUCAAAAUAUUCAGUUAACAGGCAGCACAGAAGCCACAUCCGUAGAUCCUGUAAAAGAGGAGGCCUCACAUACAGAGCAGCCGCCUUCUCAGGCAUCACAGCCCUAUCCUACACACGGACCAUCAGGGGCAGCCAGAGCUCACUACCUCCCCAUGUCUACAGGGCUGAAGCUAGAGAUUCCCUUACUGCAUGAUGAAUAUCCAGAGGUUCGAGUGAGUCACUCCCACAUCCAGCACUCUGUCCCUCACAUCACUUCCAGUCUGGAAUUACUGAGGCCAGCCACAUCUCCAGCAGUAGCAGUGCGCCUCCAAACAGACACCCUCACCCUAGCAUGUGCCAUAUACACCACAUUCUCCCAGUCCACCUCCCCCAGGCCCCAGGAGGCAGUCGAUGCUGUGUCACACAAUAUAAGUAUCCCAACAGCUGAUUACAGAAACCAUAGGAGCAUGGGUCCAGACUAUCAGUCGUGGUCUGACGAUGGCCUGAGGAUAUCAGGCUCAGGGGGCAACAAGCGCAUGCUCUCCCCUUCAAACAGCAUAGAGCUCCUGCCUGAGUCACAGCAGCAGCAGAAACGAGUCAAAGAGGAAGGGGAGAGGGAGGUGGGAUGUGUUGACAAGGCAUCAGUGGACCCAUGCAAUCAGGAACUCAAAAGGGAGACUCAGUCAUGUCUACCCAGUGUUUGUUCUCCCAUCACACAUGUUGGACCAUCAUACCCCAGUCUGCUGCCCAGCACCUGUAAUAGCUGGUGCUAUUUGAACUACAUUAAACCAAACCCUUCUACUCUGGACGAACAGAAGCCCUCAGUGUAUUCAUCGUGGUCCACGAGCGGCUAUGACCCCAACCCACCUGGCCUCUCAAGCAAGACAGCUCUCUCUCUGCUGCACUGCAAGCAGAGGCUCAGUCCCUCCAUCUACACUAUAUCCCCCAUGACAGUCAGGACAACUGAGUCGAUGGAGCACGAGGACGAAAAAAGACCAUGCUCCACUGAGGUCUACAACAGCCAGUCGUACUGCAGGGACCACGAGGGAACGAGGAAGGGACAGCAGUCAGCAGACAACAACGGGUCAGACAGAAAAGAGGAGAGGGAGGAAGAGAAGAAGAAUGAGGAGGAAGCGCAGUCGUGCUCCAGGAAUAAGCACCCUCCUGAAGUUUGGAUCUCUGAGAGAGGAUCAAACGGGAAGCAUGCUAUCACACAUGGUGUAGGUGGAGGCAAGUGCCAAUGUGAGGACUGUGGAUUCCACCCAAAGAAUACCAGUACACUGCAGAAAUGCACCCGUCACAUCACAGAACCCCCACCAUAUAACUGCAAACAGUGUAACCUUUCUCUUAAAGCCAAAGGAAGCCUCAUCGAACACCUGAGAUCUGAGGCACAUGGAAAAGACACCUGUUGUUACCCAGAUGGCACAGAGUAGGGAGUCUGUGAAGAACGUCCAGUUCCCCCAGAUAAACAAAAAGAUCUUCAGUACUCAGAUCUCAGACAAGACAAAGAUGACAAUGCAGGGGACAAAGAUGGCAAACAUGUUGACGACAACAGGUCCGAGGUGGCUAAAAGCUCUCACACUACCACUUCUGAUAGUGAGGAACCUCGUCCAGGAGGCCUGCCGAUGGAACCUGAACCCAGCCGAUCCGUCCAGCUUCCCCCCAAGGACUCUACCCAGAGGAGCUCAGCCAGCGUCAGGAGGGCUCUGUUUGCCCGCAGACGCUUUGACGCUUCAUCAUCGGCAUCCUCCCGAGUCUGCCAUUCUCCAAGUACUCAACCCCUGAUUUCACAGAGGGAGCCGUCCCCAGCUCACAGCCCAUCACCCAGGCCUCGCCAGUCCCCUGCUCCCCCGUCCUCCCCCUCCCCAUCUAGUUGUCACGUCUCCACCUCUGCUCUGAGACCAGUCUCCCCUGUUAGAGGUCUUUCUCCUGUAAUAGUCCAGUCCCAUGGAUCAGAGUCCUCUGGGCCUCCAGGAUCCCUGGCAGACACCUCUGCUCAUUGUCAAGCCUGUUUUCACCCAAGAGACCGACCAUCUGCUGCUAGACGGUCUGUGGAUGAGGUUGGUCUGACCCACAUCAGCCCACAUCCCACACGCCCUCGGGGAGCCCACAACCUCCUAAGUCACCUCCCUCUGCACUCCCAGCAGCCAGGCAGGGCCCCGAAUCUCCUGAUUCCCAUCGGGGGGAUUCACAUGAUUCAGCCCAGGUCCACCCUCCCUAUGUACAGCCUGGUGAGCAGCCCCAUCGCAGCCACAUCCAGCCCCGCAGGGACAUCCUGGAGACUGAGUGACGCUCCAAAGGGGAGGUUUCCUCUGCUGCAGCGCCAGGAUACUCUCAAAGAGACGUCGCCCGGCAGUCGAGCCAGCCCACAGGAGCCCGAGGCAUCAGAGGGAGCGUCCGGGAGCAGCCGAUCGGACGCUUUAUCACACAGAAACACUCGAGGGUGCUUCCAGUCGAGUCCCAGGACAGAGAUGAGGCAUCCGGAGGUCGACACAGACGCACAUAUUACAGAGAGGGGUGUUUGCCCCGAGACCACCCAAGGCCAAAAAAAGGCUCCUUCCUCCCAGACACAACUCUGAUAGGAGGGAGAGCCUGAAGGGACAGUGCAAAAGACUGAAACCAGAGUGUUGUUAAAACAGCGCUGGUUCGGAGAUGGAGUACGAAAGGCAAGAGCACUUGAGCACCGCUUCUGAAUGACGCUAUUAUGUAAUUAUAUGAACAAUAUAUAUAUAGACACUAUGUUAGAUAUGCAGUAUGUUUUGUAAAUCUUUUUUUACCCUCUUGUUUGAUGUCAUCGGUGUUGAUUUAUUUAUGUGCUAUUAUGCAAAUUCUGUACUAUAUGCAAAAGCAGCUGGAAUGAAAAUAGACAAAGUUUUAAUCAGUUUCCCUAUUAACCCUUCUACAGCUCUAAUAUACUAUUGCUGUGUUAAUGUACUGUAUUACCAAAAUGGAUAUAGAAAGGUACUACAAAUAUUUAUUCAUCCCGACCAGUAUUUUGAAGUGCAAUUUUAUGUCAAGAUUGUGGUUUGAAAUGUCAUUCUUCUUAAAGGCUGUGAUUAUUAUUAUUAUUAUUAUUAUUAUUAUUGUUGUUAUUAUUAUGAUUUGUCAGGUUGUUUUUGUUGUUGUUGUCGUCUUUGUUUGUGUUCAAAGAAGCAGGGUUACGAUCACCUCCUUUUCUAAUGUCUUCAGGAAAAGAAGUUUCAGAUCAAGACAUUUGGAGUGCACUGACAAAUAAUUUGAUAUCCAGAGGAAACCUGUUUCACGUACAUGGUAGCUACGGUACAGUUUUUUUUCAUAAACAGAUACAUGUAUUUUUGUGUUGUUGCUUUUAUAAAUGAUACAAUCACUCUGUCAUUUUCAUGUUUACCAUUAAACUUCUCAU